UUCAGUUCAAACAACAGAACAGACGAGAGCUUGCUUUUGCAGAACGGGACGAUGCAGCCAUGCUGAGUAGAAAACGACUUUUUUUAGGAGCUGCAAUUCUCCUGUUGCUGGCAGGAGUUCAGGCUCAGCGCAGUGCAACUAUUUCCUCUCAGAGUCUCUGUGUUAUUUCUGGAUCAACAGUAAAAAUCCCCUGUAGUUUUACAGAACCUUAUGGCUUCGGUGUUACACUGAAAGAGUGGUAUCGACUCUUCGGACAAGAACUAAGAGUCCUGAACUGGGAUCCACGAUACGCAGGACGAGUGUCUGUAAGCCCCUGGGAGUUUAGCUGUGAGCUCACGAUGACCGAUGUGAGUGUGAAUGAUUCUGGAUUUUAUAACUUAAGAUAUAAAACACACAACGGUGACUGGGUAUCAGCCUCAUCUGGAGUUCAUCUGACUGUUACAGAUCUGAAGGUUCAAGUACCAGACCAGUACCAGUGGCGCAAGACACUGUCCUGCAUCACCACCUGCGCUCUGUCUAACAACCCUACUUACAUCUGGUACAAGAACAAACAGCGUGUUUACAAUGAGUAUAGCAAAGAUCUGUAUCGCUAUGGCAGUAAGGAUGCAGGCAGCUACUCCUGUGCGGUAAGAGGACAUGAGGAUCUUCGCUCUCCUGCUGUGUGUGUUUUUGGUGUGAAUUGUUGGAGUGUGACUUACUCUAGCCUGAAGAUCUGCUCUCUGAUUGGCUCUUCAGUGGACAUCUACAGUUAUUACACCUUCCCUGAUAAUCACGAUGUCAGAAAUUCUUUCUGGUUUAUUAAACAGCACAUUUAUGGUGAGCCCAUGGAUUUAAGAGAGAAUGAGGCGUAUCAGGGAAGAGUGCAGUACACACAAAGCUCCCAGAAUAAAUGUAGUAUGAGAAUCACCAAUCUGAGAGAGACAGACGCUCAAACAUAUCGAUUCAGAUUGGACACCGUCUGGGACAAGUUAAUCGGCGAACCUGGAGUCCUUCUGUCGGUUACAGAUCUGAAGGUUAAAGUCUCUGUCUGGUCCAGCUGGAGCGGGACACUGUCCUGCAUCACCACCUGCGCUCUGUCUAACAACCCUACUUACAUCUGGUACAAGAACGGACAGAAAGUUUUCUAUCAGGAUGAAAAAGAUCUGCAUCGCUAUAGCAGUAAGGAUGCAGGAAGCUACUCCUGUGCUGUAAAGGGACAUGAGUAUCGUCGCUCUCCUCCUGUCUGUGUUUUUGGUGUGAAUUGUUGGAGUGUGACUUACUCUAGCCAGGAGGUCUGCUCUCUGAUUGGCUCUUCAGUGGACAUCCACAGUUAUUACACCUUCCCUGAUAAUCAUGAUGUCAGAGAAUCUUUUUGGUUUAUUAAACAGAAGACUGUGGAUAUGACAGAGGAUGACGAGUAUCAGGGCCGAGUGCAGUACACACACAGCUCCCAGAAUAACUGUAGUCUGAGAAUCACCAACCUGAGAGAGUCAGAUGCUCAAACAUACAGAUUCAGAUUCGACACUAAUAAUGGUGAUUACUCUGGAGAACCUGGAGUCUCUCUGUCUGUUACAGGUCUGAAAAUUACAGUAUCUAACUGGUACAGCUGGAGCAAAAAGCUGAAUUGCGUAACCAGUUGCACUCUGUCUAACAACCCCAUUUAUAUCUGGUACAAGAACGGACAACCUGUUACUAAUGAGUACAGCAAUGAACUGGAUCUGUUUGAUAAUACGGAUGAAGACAGUUACUCCUGCUCUAUAAGAGGACACGAGGAGCUUCGCUCUCCUGCUGUCUAUUCCCCUAAAAACACCAAUGCAGUUGUUCUUUCUGGAGAAACACUAGAGGGAGGUUCAGUGACUCUGAGCUGUAGCAGUGAUGCAAACCCCUGUUGAAACCUACUCCUGGUUUAAGAGAGAAACUCCAGACAUACAGCUGACCACAGACCAGAUUUACAGCAUCAGCAACCUCGAUUCCCAUCACAGCGGACUCUACUACUGCACUGCUCAGAACCAGCUGGGAC